GUGGAAUUUAGCUAACAAGCAAAUGCAAAUAAUGGGGCCGAAAAGAAAUUGCACUAUGUCAAUCUACAAAUUCUUCCACACAAUGUUCGCCCUCAAACGAAUUGAUUACCAACCACCACAUCUUAGAAAAACCGAAAAACUACUAACAAUAUCAAGAGUGCGAUAAAAGGUGUCCAAUACUCGCUAUCUUCUUUCCGCGCCACUCACCACAAAUCCAUACAGAAUCAGUUGUCAGCUCAAAGCAAAUCAGUGAACUCUCUUCACUCCCUCGAAGACGAACGAUGGCUUUGAGACCAGUGACAUCGCCAUUCUCAACUAGCUGCUCGAGAAGCCACUUCGAAAAUCUGGUCUUCUCGAUUACAAAAUCAAGGUCUCUCACGAAAUGCCUGCAUCGGGCGAGGGACAAGCCCCUUCCGAUGUUCUCCGGCGUGGUAACAAGAGCGCGAGGGAGGACGGUGAAGGCGUGCGUGAAAUUGGAGGAGAAAAACGAAGCUGGAACCGGAGGCGAGUGGGGAAAGGUCUCGGCGGUGUUGUUCGAUAUGGAUGGCGUGCUAUGUAACAGCGAGGAGCCGUCGAGGUUAGCGGCGGUUAACCUCUUUGCCGAGAUGGGAGUAAAGGUCACGGUUCAAGAUUUUGUGCCUUUCACGGGAACAGGUGAAGCCAAUUUUUUAGGAGGUGUGGCUUCUGUGAAAGGUGUAAAGGGAUUUAAUACUGAGGCGGCAAAGAAGAGAUUUUUCGAGAUAUAUCUGGAUAAGUAUGCAAUGCCAGGUUCUGGCAUAGGUUUCCCUGGUGCAUAUGAACUUAUAUUACAGUGUAAAAACAAAGGCCUCAAAGUUGCUGUUGCAUCUAGUGCUGACCGUAUCAAGGUUGACGCAAAUUUAGCUGCUGCUGGUUUGCAGUUGUCAAUGAUGAUCACUGGAACAGUCACAAUGCCAAGAUGUUGUAUCCUUGAGUAAUCACAGUAUCAAAUCAAUGAUUUUCUUCAGAACUUCUCGUCUUGAUUUUGCGCAUGAUAUUUCUUACCUCACCAGCUAUUUGUACUUCAAAGGUUCGAUGCUAUUGUGUCUGCGGAUGCAUUUGAAAACUUAAAACCUGCUCCUGACAUCUUCUUAGCUGCAUCAAAAAUCUUGGAUGUGCCACCAAGUGAGUGCAUUGUGAUUGAAGAUGCAUUAGCUGGAGUGCAAGCUGCCAAAUCAGCUAGUAUGAGAUGCAUAGCUGUGACAACUUCAUUAGGAGAAGAUGCUCUAAAGGCAGCUGGUCCAUCACUAAUCAGAAAGAAUAUAGCGGAUAUUUCCCUUGAUGAUAUUCUCAAUGGUGGCACUGGUUACCAUCAUCCAGAGAAGCAGGGUUCUGAAUCUAUUAGUGGUUCUACACCAAGCCUGGCCAAUUCAUACAUUAAGGAAACUACUAUAACUGCUCAGGAUAAAGAUUCUGGGGAAGAUGGAAUCUUCUCAAUUGGAGGGUUUCAAGGUUCUCGAAGAGAUAUCUUGAGAUAUGGAAGUUUAGGAAUUGCUGUUUCUUGCCUUCUUUUCACGAUUACAAAUUGGAAGCUCUCAUUUAUUUGCAGGCCAUGCAAUAUGCAUCUCCAAAAGCGAUUUGGAACUUGCUUUUCGGAGCUAGUAAUGCUCCUUUUGGAUCAAAUAAAGAAGAAUCUCGAAAUGCUCGGAUCCAACAGUUUGUGAAUUAUUUUUCCGAUUUGGAUAGAAGGGGCACCGCCACAACUGUGCCAGAGUUUCCAUCUAAACUCGACUGGCUGAACACGGCUCCUCUUAAGCUGCGGAGGGAUUUGAAAGGAAAAGUGGUUCUUCUUGAUUUCUGGACCUACUGCUGUAUAAAUUGUAUGCAUGUCUUACCAGAUCUAGAGUUCCUAGAGAAAAAGUACAAAGAUAUGCCAUUUGUUGUUGUAGGAGUGCAUUCUGCAAAAUUUGACAAUGAAAAAGAUUUGGACGCCAUCCGAAAUGCAGUUUUACGCUAUGGAAUCUCUCAUCCUGUUGUCAAUGACGGUGAUAUGUAUUUAUGGAGAGAGUUGGGUAUAAGUUCAUGGCCUACAUUUGCCCUUGUUGGACCAAAUGGCAAGCUUAUAGCACAAGUUUCAGGUGAAGGACACCGAAAGGAUGUUGAUGAUUUGGUUGAGGCAGCAAUAACAUAUUAUGGUGGGAAAAGUGUAUUGGACAAAACUCCUAUUCCCUCGAAUCUGGAGAAAGACAAUGAUCCUAGAUUAUUGAUAUCCCCUCUAAAGUUUCCUGGUAAGCUGGAGGUUGAUGUCCUCAAUAGCCGACUGUUUAUAUCUGACAGCAACCACAACCGCAUAGUAGUCACUGACCUUGAUGGUAACUUCAAAAUGCAAAUUGGAAGCAGUGGGGAAGAAGGUCUUCGUGAUGGUAAUUUUGAUGAUGCCUUGUUCAAUCACCCGCAGGGACUUGCAUAUGACGCAAAGAGAAAUCUCCUAUAUGUAGCUGAUACUGAAAAUCAUGCUCUGAGAGUGGUUGAUUUUGUCGACGAGACUGUGAAAACACUUGCUGGAAAUGGAACUAAAGGAUCUGAUUACCAAGGAGGAGGAUCAGGAACAACUCAGCUUCUCAAUUCCCCUUGGGAUGUCUGCUUUGAUUCUAUAAAUGAGAUAGUUUACAUUGCAAUGGCUGGCCAGCAUCAGAUAUGGAAACACAAUGUACAAGAUGAAACGACUAGUGCUUUCAGUGGCGAUGGUUAUGAAAGAAAUUUGAAUGGUGCAAGUUCUGGAAACACCUCAUUUGCCCAACCUUCCGGAAUCUCAUUGUCACCUGAUUUAAAGGAAGCAUUCAUUGCUGAUAGCGAGAGUAGCUCAAUUCGAGCCCUUGAUCUAGAAACCAGAGGGUCAAGACUUCUAGCAGGUGGUGAUCCAGUCUUCUCUGACAAUUUAUUUAAGUUCGGGGACCACGAUGGAGUAGGUUCUGAAGUACUUUUGCAACACCCUUUAGGCGUCUUUUGUGGAAACAAUGGUCAAGUAUAUGUGGCAGAUUCGUACAAUCACAAGAUCAAGAAGCUGGAUGUAGCUAGUAGGAGAGUUACUACUCUGGCAGGGACUGGAAAGGCUGGAUUCAAGGAUGGAUCAGCACUUGAAGCUCAGCUUUCGGAGCCUUCUGGACUAGUUGAAGCUGGAAAUGGAAGGUUACUCAUAGCUGAUACAAAUAACAGCAUAUUACGGGUUUUGGAUCUGAAUGAAAAAGAACCAGUGCUUGUUACUCUAGAUUUGAAGGGUGUCCAACCUCCAACAUCAAAAUCAAAAUCAUUGAGACGCCUUAGAAGACGAACUUCAGCUGACACACAGACAAUAACCGUUGAUGGUGGUUCAUCGAGUGAGGGAAAACUUUAUCUUAAUAUAUCAGUACCACAAGGUUACCAUUUCUCAAAGGAAGCCCAAAGUAAAUUCAGUGUGGAACUCGAACCGGAAAAUGCAGCAUUAGUUGAUCCCAUGGAUGGGAAUCUUAACCCUCAAGGAUCUGCAAUCGUGAACUUUAAAAGAUCCUCCCAUUCAUCUUUCAAAUGUAGAAUUUAUUGCAAGGUAUACUAUUGCAAGGAAGAUGAGGUGUGUUUAUAUCAGCCUCUGAUGUUCGAAAUAUCAUUUCAAGAGGCUGUUUUAGAUGCCGUCCCAUCAGAGAUUUCAUUGCCGUAUGUCGUCAAUUCAAAACCCAACUUGAAUAAUGUGCUAAUGUCUUCCUAGAAAAACUGAUGAAUCAUUUUCGAAAACCAAGAAACAUGUGCACGGUUAUUGUUAUAUGACCAUUGUUGUAAUUUCUGUUUUUAUUUUAUAUUUUUCCCUUCAAGAGUUGUAUAGCGAUUUUUCAGAUGAACAAAUCAUAAGCGUGGGAGAAUUUCAUCGAGGAGGCACACUUUGGAAUGUAAUAUGCGACACUUUUUUAUUUAUCGUU